ACAGUGGAAAGGUAAAAACAUCUUCAAACUGUCUCCGAACUAAACCAAACGUUGGGCGCUCCCCUUCCCGCCCCUGAUAAUGACGUCAUCACCACGCCGCCUCUCCGGUGGGCCCCAGAGGCCGCCUAGUGUUUUCAUUGCAUAGCUGCAACGUGGGAAAGAAAGGAAAGAUUGGCCUUGCCUAGGAUCCACAGAGCUCCCCAGUACGGUGUUUGCCCAGCUCAGUUGCAUGGCUGCUGGCUUGUAACCCAACUAGACUCACACCUCCUAAAUCCUCUCAGAAAUAUUUUUUGGAGCUGUCUCUCUUGGCGCACAGAGGAUGCAAACUGCAAGUGUGCAGUCACUCAUUCUGCAGAUUUGUAUUCAGACCAAUGCAGAGGUUGCAGCCUGUGUCUGAAGCUCCAAUGCAUACAUAUUCUAUCAUAUUCACCAGUACUUAAACUUAACUUGCCUCAUGGGUCCUCCUCUCAUCUGCAAAAACAUUCGUAUGCAACAAUCUAACCCACCCUUGCACCAGUCCUGGAAAUCGCAAAGCCCUGAGAACAGUAACACUGCAAAACAAAGGUGUCCAACUUUGAAAGCAUCUUUCAUGUGACCAGGCAAUCUUGCAAAAACGAAAACAGUCCUUUGUCCUUUAACCGUUGCUGCUCAGAAUCUCCUAUCCCUAUCCACAUUCUCAACUAAUGCAGUCUCCUAACUUCUUAAUGAACCGCCUCGGCCCUCCCUUGGUAAAAGUAAACAAAUGAAAACUGCCUUGUGCAUUUUUUAAGGAAAUGGAAUCAUCAAGGACGGCGUUCCAUAACACCCACAAGCCACUUUUACAAAACUUACCUGCAACCCCGGGCUUCUUUUCUUGACCCUUUCUCCUUGGACGGUGGUCUUCUCAAGCUAACAGACCUAAAAGAAGCAUCAUGUUCCAUGACUUCAUUUCAACCCAAGGGACCUCAGGCUGUACAUGCCCGGAAGUUCAAGAGCAAAAGGUCACGGAGUAACAGCGACUCUUUUCAGGAAGAGGAUCCGAGACCGGGUUUCCAGUGGCAGAGGAAGAACCUUCCUUUUGGGGCAGCUUCAUCCUACUUGAACUUGGAGAAGCUGGGUGAAGGUUCUUAUGCUACAGUUUACAAGGGGAUUAGCAGGAUAAAUGGACAACUAGUGGCUUUAAAAGUUAUCAGCAUGAAUGCAGAGGAAGGAGUACCAUUUACAGCUAUCCGGGAAGCCUCUCUGCUGAAGGGUUUGAAGCAUGCCAAUAUUGUGCUGCUGCAUGACAUAAUCCACACCAAAGAGACACUGACAUUUGUCUUUGAGUACAUGCACACAGAUCUGGCACAGUAUAUGCUGCAGCACCCAGGAGGGCUUCAUCCCCACAAUGUCAGGCUUUUCAUGUUUCAACUUCUGCGGGGCCUGGCGUUCAUCCACCACCAACACGUUCUUCACAGGGACCUGAAACCUCAGAACUUACUCAUCAGUCACCUGGGAGAGCUCAAACUGGCUGAUUUUGGUCUUGCUCGUGCCAAGUCUGUUCCCAGCCAGACAUAUUCUUCAGAAGUUGUGACCCUCUGGUAUCGCCCUCCCGAUGCCUUGCUGGGAGCCACUGAAUAUUCCUCUGAACUGGACAUGUGGGGUGCAGGCUGCAUCUUUAUUGAAAUGUUCCAGGGUCAACCUCUGUUUCCUGGAGUUUCCAACAUCCUUGAACAGCUGGAGAAGAUCUGGGAGGUGUUGGGAGUUCCCACAGAGGACACCUGGCCUGGAGUCUCCAAGCUACCUAACUACAACCCAGAAUGGUUUCCACUGCCUAAACCUCAAAGCCUUCAGAAUGUCUGGAACAGGUUGGGCAGGGUUCCAGAAGCUGAAGACCUGGCCUCACAAAUGCUGAAGGGUUUCCCUAGAGACCGUGUCUCUGCCCAGGAAGCACUGGCUCACGACUAUUUCAGUGACCUGCCUUCUCAGCUAUACCAGCUUCCUGAUGGAAUGCACUGUUGCUGUUUUGAUUUUCAUUUGCUUCAAAGUACCAUGAAUCAUCCAAUUUUGGCCCCACAUUGGCCAAGGGAUUUUGUGUUGUCUCCUGUAUCCUAUAUUGUCUGUGUUAUGUUCAAGGGGACAAUAUGUAAUAUCCGAAGAAAAUGCAAUUGAAGGUUACUGCUAUUGUCAUUUUCCUAGAACUUGAUACUGGUUGGCUCAAAAAUUAGAUUGGAACUGAAAUGGUCUGAGACAUCUGAAUAAAUUGGUUAUUUGAUGAAGAGAUCCCUGGGCCAGAAGGUAGAUUUCCUGACAGGACAGAUGGGAGACUGACAAUUGAAAGAAGUUGGAGACAGAACUGGCGCUUACAGAGGCCUGUCACUCCUGUGCUCACUUACAAUUUCCCUCCGACAAUAGGCCUUCUGUGGCAAGGAGGGGAUUAGUCUAAAGUUUAGAGGUCUCCAGGGAAGAUGUUUUCUUGGAUAAAGUUGUCAACAAAAGGACUUGCUUAAGACUCUUUGUUGCGAUUUCCUAGGGGCUACUUCUUCUAACUGGAUUAUCAAAACACAUGACCACCCCAACCAAUUUUAAGAGUUUGAAUUGAGCUGCUACUUAUGUCAUGAUGAAUCUAAGCUAUUAUGUGAUAGUAGAGAUAUUGGAUAGGUAGGCAGAUCUAAUCAAAGAGUUUCAAAGAUGUAAUUCAAGCCCUGUUGCACCAUCAGACAUACAUGAGUGUACACACACACACACACACACACACACACACACACACACACCUUUCAAGUAGAAUUAGAGAUCUGACUCCAGUAACACACAUAACGUUUUCUAUAGUGACUCCUAAAGGAAGCCAAGGAAACUCAAAUUACUUCUGUCUAGGGAUCAUCUAGUCAGGAAAUGCAGUAGCCUAGAAACCAGAGACCUCUAUAUAUCCUUUAGAAGAACAAGGAGGAACUAAUUAAGAGAGAAUUUAACAUAGUAACUAUCCACCCAAAGUCUGAAAUGGAAGAAAGGAAAACUUCAUGCAAACCAUCUAAAGAAACAGACCUACAUUAGUGAGUGUUUGAUUUGAGUGAGGCAUUUGAGGAAGUUUUCCAAGUAUCCCUGGAAGAUGAAACUGUGGGCUGGAUGAGAGGGCAGAUAUUUGUGCUCAAAGAACAGUGGUUAUUCAGCUGCAGAGAAGUCAAGAGUAGUGUGAUACAAAGUUAAGUUUUGUGUCCUAUUCUAGUCAAAUGUUUACAUUAAUCAUUUGAAUAAAGUCAGAGAAGGUACACAGUUUAUUCCUAAAACUCACUAAGGUAAGCACUAUUACUCAUUUAUUACUUCUAUUUCACAAAGAAAAGAAAAAGAAAAAAAAAAGGAAACCAUAGCUCAAAGAAGUUAACUCUUUCAGGGAAGCAUGCCAGAGUUGAGGUACAACACCUAGGCCUGGCUGCCUCUGAGGUCUCUGAUUUUUCCAAUAAUCAUAUAUCUAUCAAAUCUGUAGAAAACACGACUCCUGAUAAAGCAACUAACAUUUGGUCUUUAGUUCAUGUUCAAAAGGCUUCAAACCUUGAUGUAAGCUUAUGGGUGUCACUAUCCACCUCUUAGAAUGACUAAAUUCAAAACACUAACAACACCAAAUGCUGGCGGGUACCCCAUUCACUGCUGGUGUAGCCACUUUGGAAGAUGGUUUGGUGAUAUCUUACAAAACUAAGCUUACUCUUAUCAUAGAUCCAACAACUAUAUUCUUUGGUAUUUGCCCAAAUGGAUUGAAAACUUAUGUUCACACAAAAACCUGUACCAACAGAUAUUAAUAAAAGCUUUUCUUCCCCCAUAGUCACCAAAACAUGGAAAUGAGAAAGAUAUACAAUAGUUCAAAGUAUAGAUAUAGUGCUACAUUCAGAUGGUAGGCUAUUAGUCAACUCUAAAAAGAAGUUGGCUCUCAAGUCAUAAAAUGAUGUGGAAGAAUUGAAAUGAGCCUUCUAAGUGAAAGAAACUGAUAUGAAAGGGCUGCCUACUUUUUAAAAAAUAGUUAUUUAUUUUCCUUUUUGUUGCCCUUGUUGUUUUUAUUGUUAUUAUUAUUGUUGUUAUUGAUGUCACAGUUGUUGGAUAGGACAGAGAGAAAUGGAGAGAGGAGUAGAAGACAGAGAGGGGGAGAGAAAGAUAGACACCUGCAGACCUGCUUCACCACCUGUGAAGCAGCUCCCCUGCAAGUGGGGAGCUAGGGGCUCGAAAGGGCUGCCUACUUUAAUAAAUUGAUGGAGCACAGAGGACUGUUAGAGCAGUGAACCCGCUCUCCUGCUAUAAUGCUAUAGUGAUGGAUAUAUGUCACUACAAGCUUGUUCAAACCCGUAGGACAGCACUAAGAAGGAAUCUUGAUGUCAACUGUAGACUCUGGUCAUGAUGAGGUUCAUCAGCUGUCACAGAUGUACUACUCUGCUGGGGUGUUGAUACAGGGGAGACCAUGCAUGCAGAGGGGCAGGGUGUGUGUGAGAAAUCCCUAUUAUUUCUGCUCAGUAUUGCUGCAAACUUAAAAUUGCUUUGGGAAAUAAACCAUUAAAAGACAACAAACAAAUAAAGUU